GAAGUGGGAGGAGGAACUGGAAUGCAUGGAAAAGAUCAUUGCCUGGCUAGAGGAGGGAAAGGACGCCGUGAAGUCCGCAUUCAGUCUUAAAAGUCAGGACAUCGAGUUCUUGAAUGACUACGGUUUGUUGACUGCCAAGCCUUGCAUGUAUGCAGUCAAUAUGAACAAGCACGAUUAUUGCCGCAAGAAGAACAAGUUCUUGAAGCCUAUCUACGAGUGGGUGCAAGCAAACUCUCCGGGGAGUGCAAUCAUUCCAUAUUGUGGAGCAUACGAGGAGGAGCUGCAGGAUAUGGAGACUGAAGAAGACCGGGAGAAGCAGCUGAAGGAAGAUGGUGUGACGAGUGCCAUGCCAAAGAUGAUCUCAACAGCUUUUCAUAUGGUACAUUUGAUCAAUUUUUUCACAGCUGGACCUGAUGAAGUCAAAGCUUGGACAGUUCGAAAAGGAUUCAAGGCUCCACAAGCCGCUGGAGUUAUUCACACAGAUUUUGAGAAAGGCUUUAUCAUGGCCGAGGUCAUGUCCUUUACUGAUUUGAAGGAACUUGGCAGUGAAGCGAAUGUCAAGGCAGCCGGCAAGUACCGUCAGGAAGGUAAGAACUACGAGGUGCAAUCUGGAGACGUUAUUUUCUUCAAGUUCAACCUUGGCAAGGGCAAAUGA